AUAGAGAAGGUCGCUCGGGGUGUAAGGAUUGUUUUUCUGAGUUAUGUUAUCUUGGUCAGCUGAAAAAUAACACCAUGUCACAGAUCCCUACACCUAAGGAACUGGAUAAAGACAUUCUUCAAACAAAGCACAAAAUUUCAUUGUUCAACACACAUGUACGGAAUUUGAAAGAAAAGCGGGAAAAUGAUCACGAAGUGUAUGAAGAAGACUUACUUGAUAGUGCAAGUGUAAACAGAUUAAUCCCAAAACUCUCCGAUCUAAAACUGGAAGUGGAAAAAUUAGAAUUAAACUUGCAGAAAUUCAACGAAAUUUGCAAGCAAGGUUUGCUACCAGGUGGAAUAUCUACCACUCCGAUUCAGGAAGAGGGAUCUCUGGACAAGUUUGACUCCUCAGAAAUGGUCACAAAAAGAAAUCGGCAAGUUGCUCCUCAUCCACCCUCUAAAACAGACAGUGGAAUUAGUAUCGGUAUGGACGAAAGAUUAUCCAGACCAGAUUCCAUCGCUUCAAACCGGUCUUUGUCCACUGUAUCUGAGCCUUGUGAGUCUGAUGAUCCAAGCUGUCCAUUUAGAAGAAAAAUGUCAAAACGAACAGAGAAUCUUCUCACCAAACAAGCCAAAAAUGCUUCCAGCCGACGAGUGGCCAAAAACGACAGCGACAAACCAAUGUCUCCAGGUAGAUCUUCAAGCCUUUGAAUCUGCCCCUGUGUAUAUAUGCAUGUGUCAAUAAUAUCAAGAGGAUCCCAUGAGGAACAAAGUUUCUCUACUACUAACUUACCUCUAAGAAGUGCAAGGGCGGUUUUUUUUUAUCAAUUGCAAGAGACAGAUAAAAGUGCAUUUGCUCCAGUUGACAUUGGUAUAAAACUAUUAUAUUACGUACGAGCCUAGAUAUUGCAUAUAAAUGUCUUCCGAAGACUUCCACUUCCUCAAUUUAAAUGUUAACAGAUAGAGACAUUUACUAUUCAAAUACUUAAAUUGUACUUAGAAGAGAACAUUAAUUUAUAGUGAAUGUUUUUGUGCUUGUUAUCUACAUGUAUAGUCUUUGAUUUAUCAACUUUUUUACAUUAAUUAUUAUUCCUGGAACAAGUAUGUCAUGCAUACAAGUAUAUGUAGUGGUUGUGUGUGCUUAUGGAUGUGUAUUGUGUUUAUUUUAUUUUUUUUCUGGGGAUAAUUAAUGUUACAUGUAUUUACAAAAAAGUGCAAUAAAUCUAGUUGUUAACCUUAUAUUUUUUCAUGUAUCAAUCGAACAUGAUACACUAAAUAUAGAUGCAUUCAAUACAUUCAAGUACAUAAUUAAGAAAUUAAUUGUGCAGACACAAAACAAUUAAAGUUAAACUAAAAAAGGAAAAAAAUUGAACGAUUGAACAUGUCGUCAAUAUUUGAUGGCCGUGGUUAUUUUUAACUAGAUUUGUAAACGAAAUCAGGGAAGUUUGUGUGGGUAUACCCAUUAUAUUUUAGAGUCAACUGUUAGUCACUUACGUCC